AUGAGUCUUGUGGACGAAAAUGCUGAGGAAUCAGAGACAACAUUGUGCUCCCCGCAAAAGUACUACUACAAAAAGCGUCCAAAUGUCAACCUCUCCCAGGCAAAAAAUGAUACAUGUUUGCUAGGUUCAUGCCUAAAGUCACUUCGUUGGAAAGUUUGCAACCACAAUGUUGGCGAUAUCUACUGGUAUGGUAUGUCCAUAACGGCAAGUCAAAUCAUUGACCUAUGCUCUUCGAACAAGUGCUCAAAUUAUUCAAAAUUUGCAGUAAAUAGAUACCCAAACCUACAAGAUGCAACUAGAAAAGACUACUUUUACAAACUAUUGCAACUUCAUCUACAUUACAAAUGUAACGGUGAUGAACACGAACACGGUACAAACGCCUAUCCUCCAAGUUUUACGAUACCAAGGGAUAUGAAACAUAUUGUAAACUUACUAGACUACAAAAUACCGUUUAUAUUAAAACCAUCUGGCGGUUCAAUGGGCCAAGGGGUUCGAGUAGCAACAGUACCUGAAGAUGUUACCGAUGACCUCAAUGACUAUAUUGCUCAAGAAUAUAUUGCAAAUCCGCUGUUACUCGAUGGUAAAAAAUUUGACAUUAGGAUAUACAUCUUGUUGACUGGAACCUUUGAAGACUUUAGUGCAUUCAUUUCAAAGUCAUCUCUGGUCCGUGUUUGCACAGCCUUCUACGAGUAUCCAUCAGCAAAUAACAGUUGCAAUAGCUUCAUGCACCUGACAAACUAUAGCAUAAACAGGCUCAAUUUAUCGCAAUACCAUAGGGGAAAGGAUAUUUAUGACGUCAAUAACAACAAGAGACCUUUGGACUCCGUGUUAAAUCAUCUGGAAAAAUACGGAUAUAAAAAGAAGAACAUUUGGACACAAAUCAAGCAAAUUGCAGAGAAUGUAGCAUCUGCUUUAUAUCCUCACAUUUCCAUCAAUAGUGGAUGUCUUUCUGGUACUAGGAAUCCACCAAAAUUAUUUCAGAUCCUAGGUCUUGAUGUCAUAAUUGACAUUUACGGAAAGGCAUGGCUGCUUGAGGUGAACUCAAAUCCGAGUCUCAAGACAACCUACUGUGAUGGCAACAUAACCAGGGACGACCCGGUAGAUUUGUCCAUCAAACUCCCGGUGGUGAGGGACUUUUUGACUAUCGUGAACAACUCCCUGUCGAAUGUGGACGCCAUACCAGAGUCCUGCGAAGUCAUAAAGGUCACAAUACCGACCCAAGUACAUAUUUUCGUCCAACUGUACAAACUCACCAAACUUGGCACAUGGACAAGCUGCAGAAUCACAAGGACCGAAUGGCUAGCAUUCUGCAGAAGGACCAAAUUAGUCGAAUUGGCAAAAGUCUACGCCCUUUUGCGCUCCCAUAAUGUGCCACAGGGUGACGAGAAUCAUGAAACAAACGUCACUGGGAAAAGAAUCCUGCUGGACCUUUUUUCCGAGUAUAGGAGAGAAAAUGGCGUCCCUGGGGUGUGUUUUCUGCGCUUUUCCCAAAUGUUGGAAAGUUUGGCGCUCAUCUUCUACGAAAACUUUGCUCUGUUAAGACCGAGUGCCGUAGAGAGACUGUGUGGACUAACUGGAGUCCCGAGCCAGCUACUUUUAAAUUGGAGUGUAAAUCAACCUGACAUUCUGGACAAAAAAGGCAUCAAACAGGCUACACAGAGGCUUUUUUAUCACUUUAAACAACAAUUCUUGUAA